UAAUCUAAAUUAUAUUUUUAAAUAUUUUUGAAUAAGGGUAUAUUAUCUCACAAAUUGAGUUAUACAAAUUCUGUUCUCCAAGUCGGUAGAAACAAAAAGCCCUAGCUCAAAAGUUACAGUUAAUUAUCCCGCCGUUUCAUUUUCAGCGCGAUCAGUCCCUCCAUUGCUCAGUUGACGAAAUAAUUUUGAGUUGCAGAGAGUUACAAGAGUUGAAAUAUGGAAGAGUUAGCAGAAGGAGUGAGCAACUUGAACCUGGUUGAUUCUCAGAAGAAGAAUCGGAUUCAAGUAUCUAAUACUAAGAAACCUCUAUUCUUCUACGUUAAUCUAUCCAAGAGGUAUAUGCAGCAGUAUAAUGAAGUGGAGCUUUCAGCUUUGGGAAUGGCGAUUUCAACAGUUGUAUCAAUUGCUGAAAUUCUAAAGAAUAAUGGGCUGGCCACUGAAAAAAAAAUCAUGACUUCUACGGUUGAUGUAAAUGAAGACAUGAGGGGAAGACCUAUUCAGAAAGCUAAGAUUGAAAUCGUACUGGGUAAGACGGUGAACUUUGAUGAGUUGAUGCUCGCUGGGCAAAAGGAUGGGAACAAUAUUCAGGAACAGAGUUGAAUUAAUAUAUUGUAGUUAAUGUUCUCAGAUUCUGUCCGUUGUAAUUUAGAAGCAAAUUUACCUUCGUCCCCUAUAUUAUCCUUUUUUGUUCUGUACAGGUUUUCUUUGUCUAAAGUUCUUCUCUCCCUCUCUUUUGCCUCCAAGAUACAAUUGACCCUCUUCUUUUUGUGUCUAAACUGAAUUUUACAUUGUCUAUUUUGAGUCGUUACACCAGUUCAAAAUUUCCUGUUAAGUUUUACAUGUUCAAUGUUAACUGUGUUGGAAAAGAAAGUAGAUCUAUGUUCCCUGCUGCUCCACUUGUCUAUAUUUCAAUUGUAUGUAAUGUAAUACUUAGACGCA